AACACACUGACACUUGCUCCCUCCGCAGACGGUGACGGAGCCUUCGCCGUCAUUUCACACAGUACAUAACCAGAGUCCACAGAGGUCCCUGCUCCUUUGCUCCGCCCUCAAAACACCACACUUUCAUCGUUCACUUAUCUAAAAAAUCUGACAACUCUUUCCAUAUUCCAAAUUUUAACAAGGUAUGUAUCUACCCUCUCAUCGUGCUUCUUUCGUAUGUACACAUCUUCAGAAAGAUACAUAUCCGCCACUGUGUGAAACCCUACUUUUAUAGCGCAUCUGGAGGAGACUCUCAUGGAGGUUCCAUCGAAUGAGAAUUUAGAGCAAACAGCGGUUUCCUCAGUCGACGCCGUUAAUCCACACAGUGAUGAUGUGGUACCUGAUUCUUCCAACCACAGGGAUGGUGAGCAAGAUCAAAGGGAUGAUGAUUUUUCUGGGAAAGAAGUGAGGAAGGUUCUAGAAGUCAUUGCAUCCACUGGGAAGUUCUGGCAUGACUGGGAUAAGCUAAAGACUAUGCUAUCUUUUCAGCUGAAGCAGGUAUUAGCAGAGUACCCUGAGGCAAGAAUGAUUAGUGAACAGCAAUAUGCUUCUUUAGGAGAAUCCUACUCUGAGGUGGUCAACAAGUUGGAUGACGCACUUACUUGUUUUGAAGGCCCUCCCUUUACAUUGCAAAGGCUUUGUGAGAUCCUAUUGGAUGCAAAAGGCAUUUAUCCACAUCUUUCGAAGCUUGCUUUGGCCCUGGAAAAGAACUUGUUAGUUACAUCCACAUUGACAAUAUCUACUGAUCCAUUUCCACAAGCAACAACAGUACAAGAGCCAGAUGAGCAAGAGAAUACAAAUGAAAAACAAAAGCUGCAACUCGAUGGCAUAGAAAAUGGCACUGAACCUCCGGUAGCUGACAAGGAUGAAGUGAUGGCUGAGGCAGAUACGGGUGAGGAUAUGACCAUUGACACAGUUGCUUCGAAGAACGCCAAAUCAUCAGAAACAAAGUCUGAGCCAGAUGCUAAUAAUGCAUAGCCUUUGCUUUGUGUUCAAUGUUGCAUGUUAAAUCCAUUACUUGAUAUGAGCUUUUUGAUCCGUAUGUUUUCUGCUGUUGAGCACGAACUGCUAUGAGGACAUUAUGGACAUUGAUCAUUGCCGUGUUAAUCCUUGCAUUUUCGAAUUUCUUAGCACUUGAAA